AAACAACACUUAUUAUUUACUCCGCUGAUUUGAAUGUAAAUCAAUUACAAUGAUUAAAAUAUACAAAGUCUUCCUGAUUUCUUUAUCUUUUAAUUGUCAGCAAUUUACUUUUCAUGUUAAUCAAGUGAAAUGAACAAAAGAUGAGCAAUAAAUUAUCAACACAUAAAGAUAAUUGAAUAAUUAUAAUUGAGUGAAUUGUGUAAAAACCAUUUCAACGCUAAUGAAUUUAAUUGUUUCUCUUGUAAUAAUUUAAGUUGUUCAAUCAACAUUUCCUGAUAAAACUCAAAAUAUGAUCAAAUUGAUGGUUAAUUGUUAUCAUUAUUGUAAAAUGUUUUUCCUUUUAUACCUGAUUUUGUGUUUACCUUUGAAUGUAACAUUAGAUGAUCGAGUUGUAUUCAACAUUGGAGCUGUUCUCAGUUCUGGUCCUAAUAUCGCCCUGUUUUUACAGCAAAUCGAAACGGGCAAACUGAUGCUUCCAGCUCGAACUGAGUUGAUUGGUAAUACGGUUCCAAUGAGUGUUAAUCCAAUUCGAACUGCUCAAGAUGUUUGUGAUAAUUUAAUCUCUCGACAAGUUUACGCCGUAAUUGUGAGCCACCCGAAUACAGAGGAAUCAUCUCCAGCUUCGGUAUCAUUUACCUGUGGAUUUUACAACAUACCUGUAAUAGGUAUUUCCAAUCGAGAUUGUUCAUUAUCGAAUAAGAAUCUUCAUGGAUCUUUCAUGAGAACUGUUCAACCUUAUUCUCAUCAAGCUGAUGUUUGGAUUGAACUUCUUCGUUCUCUUGGUUAUCAAUCGGUCAUUUUUAUCCAUUCUUCGGACAACGAUGGUCAAUCGACUUUACAUCGAUUCCAAAACAUGGCCGACAGAAGUAAGAUCAAAAUUGAAAGGAUUAUCGAAUAUGAUCCAAGGGUAAUAAACAUCACUUCGGAUAUGAAUAAGGCUAAAGAAGAGUUAAGUUGCCGAGUGUACAUUUUGUAUGCCAGUCGAGAGUCGGCGAUGAAAAUAUUCAAAGAAAUCGAACGUCUCAAUAUGACCGGAUUCGGGUACGUUUGGUUGGUCUCAGAACAAGCACUUGGCUCAUCAAAUGUACCGAACGGUGUCAUUGGUCCGACUUUGAGAAAUGCUCGAGAUGAGGCUUCUCAUAUUCGAGAUAGUGUUAAUAUCAUCGUAAUGGCGUUGAGAAAUUUAUAUCAGCAUGAGAAUAUCACUCAACCACCAAAUGAUUGUCGUCGAACUGUUGACCAAUGGAUGACUGGAGUUACUUUCAUGAAAUAUCUGAAAAAUCAAACUCUAGAAAACGGAGCAACGGGAAAGAUCACUUUUGAUGAGAAUAAUGAUCGACGUGAAUCAGAUUACUCGAUAAUCAACAUUCAUUCAGGUAUUAAAACCGAAGUUGGUAAAUAUGUUUAUAAUCGUAAAACCGAUUCAAUGAUAAUGAGUCUAAAUGAAAGUGAAAUCAUUUGGCCUGGAGGCUCAUUAACAAAACCACCAGGUUAUUAUGUACUAACUCACUUGAAGAUUGUUACAAUUGCCGAAGCUCCUUUCGUUUGGGCGACACCAGUUAAUGAACUGGUCACCGAUUCUUCAACUUCAUCUCCAUCUUCCUCAUCUUCCCAAAUAACGACAUCAACCUGUCCACCAGGAAGUAUUCCCUGUCCUCGGAAUGAUUCAAUCACUGGACUGGAAUCAUUGUAUUGUUGCAAAGGCUAUUGCAUUGAAUUGUUAACCAAAUUAGCUGAUCAAAUGGGAUUCACGUACAAUUUAUAUUUGGUUCCUGAUAAAAUGUACGGAGCUUAUUGGUUCAACUUGGAAGGUAAAAAGCAAUGGAAUGGUUUAGUUGGUGAGCUGACCAACAAAAGAGCUGAUAUGGUAAUUGCUCCUCUGACAAUUAAUCCCGAGAGAGCGAAAGUGAUUGACUUUUCGAAGCCAUUUAAAUAUCAAGGAAUCGCCAUGUUACAGAAAAAAAUUCCCAAAGGUGCUAAGCUUGAUUCUUUCUUGCAGCCAUUUCAAAAUACCCUUUGGUUACUUGUUAUGGUUUCCGUUCAUGUGGUCGCUCUUGCUUUGUACCUUCUUGAUCGUUUUAGUCCUUUUGGUUCGUUUGGACUUUCGAAAGUGGCCACUUUAAGACCUGAUGAAGAGAAGGCUUUGAACUUUUCUUCGGCUCUGCUCUUUGCUUGGGGGGUUUUACUCAAUUCGGGUAUUGGUGAGAAAACACCGAGAUCUUUUUCCGCUCGAGUCUUAGGAAUGGUUUGGGCUGGAUUUGCGAUGAUCGUGGUUGCUUCUUAUACCGCCAAUUUGGCCGCUUUUCUGGUUCUUGAUCAGGCUGAGACCGAAAUCACCAGUUUGGAUGAUGCAAGACUUAGGAAUCCAGCUGAAGGAUUUACCUAUGCUACAGUCAGGGGAAGUUCAGUUGACAUGUACUUUAGAGGUCAAGUUGAAUUGUCCAAUAUGUAUCGACUGAUGGAUGAGAUCAAUAAACCAGACACUGAAUCUGCAAUUCAGGCUGUUAAAGACGGUGAUCUGAAUGUAUUUUUUUGGGAUUCACCUCGAUUAGAGUAUGAAGCUGCUCAAGAUUGUAAAUUGAUCAUUUCCGGUGAAACAUUUGGUAGAUCCGGUUAUGGUAUUGGUUUACAAAAACACUCAUUUUGGACGGAAAAUGUGACUUUGUCCAUUCUCGGUAUGCACGAAUCUGGAUACAUGGAGGGAUUGGAUAAUAAAUGGAUCCUCAAGGGCGAUGAAAAGUGUGAUAAAACUCAAGAAAACUUUCCGACCACUUUGGGAUUGAAAAACAUGGCGGGUGUUUUCAUGCUGGUCGCCGGUGGAAUCGUCGCUGGAUUUAUAUUCAUCACCAUAGAGAUUUCUUAUAAGAGGCAGAAAGCGAAAAGAUUUCGCCAAGUAAAUUCGGCGAAAAAAGCAGCCAAAAAAUGGAGGUCACUUGUCGCGAGACAAAAACAAAUGAAAGCUCCUUUUAAAGUACCAAUCAAUAUGGUCCAUCCAUCGACCUCAUUAACACUAUCAAGCUCAAUGAUUGGAUCUGGAGGAUUAACGGGUGCUGAUAUAAUCUCCCCAAUGACACCUCCGAAUGUGAUACCGAUCGGUCAACAAUCGGGACCUCCACCUACUCCACCUCCACCGUUACCUUUUAAAAGGACAGCUCGUGAUCAGCAAACACAAGAUCGUAAUCGUUUGGACUUGAUUGCGACCUCACCUUAUCCACCAUCCACCAGACCAGCUCCAGGUUUCCGUUUAUCGGCUCCUUAUACAGUUGAAAGAAACAUGAAUGAAAUGAUGAAAUCUCCGACUUCAUAUACUAUCUCGUCCAAUCUUCCUGAUAUUGGUCAAUCAUAUUCAUCACAACAACCACAAAUACCGCCACUUCCUCUAUCAUCUGGAAACAAUUCUGGUUCAGGGCAAAUGCCCUCAGAGGGUUUGUAUCAAUCAUCAGGUUACUAUCCAUCAACUGGUCAAGAUGUUCCGUCCGUUGGAGAAGUGGCCACUUCAUAUUCGAGUCAAUUAGACCCUGAUAUACCACCUCCACCACCACCGCCAUUAUCAACAUCACCACGACCUCCUCGAACUCCACAACAACAACACACUCCGUACAUGAGGCGAGUUAAAGGCUACUUUGCCGUCUGAAAUCGCGAACAAUAAAUAAAAUGUUUCGUUAACUAAUCAACUUAAUUUGAAAGGAAUAAUGUUCAAGAUCAUUUCUCAAAGUAGUUAAUUGAUGAAAGAACAAAGUUAAUUGUUAGUUUCACAAUCAAGUUAAAAUCUGUUUCUUCCCAAAUAAUUUCUGAUAUUAUGAUGAACAAUUAUAUCAUGUAAAUGGUUAAAAGUUUGAAACAAUUAAAUAAUAAACAGAAAAUGAAAUUGUAACGGUAAA